AUGGCAGAAGAACAAAAACAAUCAAUAGUAUUAUUCCCAUUCAUGGCACAAGGUCACAUAAUCCCUUUCUUAGCUUUAGCCCUCAACCUUGAACAAAAAUCCAAAAACUACAACAUCACCAUUAUCAGCACCCCUCUCAACAUUCAAAAACUUCAACCCUCUCUUCCUCCGAAUUCCUCCAUCAAACUCCUCACCAUCCCUUUCAUCUCUUCCGACCAUAACCUCCCACCUAACAUCGAAAACACCGACACUGUCCCUUACAACCUCGUCAUCAAACUCAUCGAAGCUUCUCUUUCCCUCAAAUCACCCUUCAAAAACAUCCUUAAAAACAUCAUCAACCAACAAAAACAGUUACAACAACAUAAAAUCUGCAUAAUUUCUGAUAUAUUCUUCGGCUGGACUUCAACCGUCGCUAAAGAACUAGGCCUUUUUCAUGUUAUUUUCAGUGGUUGCAGUGGCUACGGUUUAGCUUGUUACUAUUCUCUAUGGAUGAAUCUCCCUCACCGCUUCACAAACUCUGAUGAAUUUCCUUUACCAGAUUUUCCAGAAGCGCGUUUGAUUCAAAGAAAUCAAUUACCGAACAAUAUCUCACAAGCGGAUGGAUUCGACGAUUGGUCGGUUUUUCAACGUAAGAAUCUCCCUAACUGGAUAAACUCAGAUGGAAUUUUGUUCAACACGGUUUCAGAAUUCGACUCGGUUGGACUCAACUACUUCGUGAAAAAGCUCAAGAUUCCGGUUUGGCCGAUCGGACCGGUUGUUCUUUCCGGUUCACGAGGGAAAGAAGAUGAAAUAAACCCUAGUUUUUAUAAAGAAUGGCUCGAUGCAAAGCCAUUGAAUUCGGUACUGUUUGUUUGUUUCGGAUCCAUGAACACGAUUUCAUCUGAACAAAUGAUGCAACUGGGAAUCGCGUUGGAGAAAAGUGGAAAAAAUUUCAUUUGGGUAGUGAGGCCACCGAUUGGAUUUGACAUAAACUCAGAAUUCAAGCCUCAAGAAUGGUUACCAUCAGGGUUCAUGGAGAAGAUGGUACAAACAAAGAAGGGUAUAAUAGUAAAUAACUGGGCUCCUCAAGUUGAGAUUUUGUCACAUGGGUCUGUGUCUGCGUUUUUGAGUCACUGUGGUUGGAACUCGGUGUUGGAAUCGUUGAGUCAUGGGGUACCGAUUCUUGGGUGGCCUAUGGCAGCUGAACAGUUUUUUAACUCUAAGUUGUUGGAAGAGGAGAUUGGUGUUUGUAUUGAGGUUGCUAGAGGGAAGAGCUGUGUGGUGAAGAAUGAAGAUAUUGUUGAGAAAAUUGAGUUGCUUAUGAGUGAGUGUAGUGAAAAUGGGUUGAAGAUUAGAGAGAAAGCUUGGGAGAUUAGGGAGAUGAUAAAGAAUGCUGUGAGAGAUGAAAAUGGAGAUGGGUUUAAGGUUAAGGGUUCAUCUGUUAGGGGUAUUGAUGAGUUUUUAGCAGCUGCUGGAAACAAUAAUAAGAUUAUAGUGAAUGAAUGA